AUGUCCUGGAAUAAAGACGGUUUGGAUUCUAUGUCGGAGCCGGAGAAAAGUCAGCUGAAAAGGACCUUGGAGUUGGGUGCUGUGAUGACAGUCUUCAGCCUGAAGAAGUCACAACCCGAGAGGAGAACACUGCAGGUGAUCAUGGAAACUCAACAACUGUCCUGGAACAGGACGGCAGACAAGAUCGAGGGAGUCCUUGAUCUGCAAGAGAUUAAGGAAAUCCGCCUUGGGAAGAACUCAAAGGACUUUGAGCAGAUUUCAAAAGAGCAGAAGGACAAAUACAGCGAUGAUGUAUGUUUCACAGUGUUCUACGGUACCGACUUUGUGCUCAACAAUCUCAGUUUGGCAGCUAAUUCAAAAGAAGAAGCUUCCAAAUGGUUAAAGGGACUGGAAAUGCUGUAUAAAGAGAGUCAAACUGCACCAACCCCAUUAAGAAUAGAAAGUUGGCUGAGGAAACAGUUUUAUUCAGUGGACUGGACAAGAAGAAAUAGCAUCUCCCUCAAGGAGCUGAAGAUCAUGCUACCUCAAGUAAACUUCAGAGUGCCGAAUGUGAAGUUCCUUAAGGACAAGAUGGGGGACAUGGGAAACUCCAAGGACGACUUGAGUUUUGAGCAGUUUCACCAAUUCUACAAGAACCUAAUGUUUGAAAGCCAGAAAGUAAUUCUCGAAAGCCUUAAAAUCGAGGGAUCUGUAUGCAUCCUUGGAAGAACUGAUAGGGCCACUGCCUCGGUUUUGUACCUGCAUGAUUUCCAGCGGUUUCUACUCCAUGAACAGAAGGAAUCAUGGGCCAGUGAUGUUAAAAAGGUUCGCGAGCUGAUGACUAGGUUUAUAUAUGAUACUUACAGAGAAACUAAUGAACCCUUCUUCUAUAUCGAUGAGUUUUUGACCUAUUUGUUUUCAAGAGAAAACACCAUCUGGGAUACCAAGUAUGAUUCGAUUUGUCCCCAGGACAUGAACAACCCAUUGUCACAUUAUUGGAUCUCAUCAUCGCAUAACACAUACCUCACAGGAGACCAGGUCCGCAGUGAUUCAUCAACAGAAGCCUAUGCCAGGUGCCUAAGAAUGGGGUGUCGAUGUAUUGAGUUGGAUUGCUGGGACGGACCAGAUGGGAAGCCAAUUAUUUAUCACGGUUGGACACUUACAUCCAAAAUCAAGUUUGAUGAUGUUGUUGAUGCCAUCAAAGCCCACGCCUUUGUUACAUCAGAGUACCCAGUCAUACUUUCAAUUGAAGAACACUGUACAGUUGAGCAGCAGCGACAUAUGGCCAAUAAGUUCAAGGAAACGUUUGGUUCUAUGCUUAUCACCAAACCUAUCGAAGCAAAUGCUGAGCAGUUGCCCUCCCCAGCGCAGCUUACAAAUAAAAUUAUCGUUAAGCACAAAAAAUUGGAAUCUCAGCAAGAGACCUUUACAUCCACUGUUUACACCUCCUACAAGGAACUUGAAAAGAAAUCUGGGUUUCUUUAUCUCCUGGAUCCAAUUGAUCUGACCUGGUACAAGCACUACUGUGUGAUAGUAGAUGGAAAGCUUUAUUUUGCAGAUUCAACAGAUGAAGAUGAUGAAUUAGCGAGAGCGAGAAACCAGGCAUUGAAUAGCACAGAUCGUCACUUUAAUGAGAAAUGGUUUCAUGGGAAAAUGGGGAAAGAUGGCAGACAGAGGGCAGAGAAGCUGCUCCAAGAGUUUUGUAUGGAAACAGGUGGACGAGAUGGAACUUUCUUGGUCCGUGAGAGCGACACAUUCCCUGGAGACUUCACAUUGUCAUUUUGGAGAAAUGGGAGAGUCCAGCACUGUCGCAUUCGUUCUAGCACAGAUGGAGAGAGCAAUAAAUAUUUCUUGACUGAUAAUUUAACUUUCCACAACGUCUAUGAUCUAGUUCAACACUAUCAGAAUGCACCUUUACGAUGCAGUGAAUUUGAAUUGCGUUUAACUGAAGCAGUACCUAGCCCAAAUCCUCAUGAAUUGCAAGAAUGGUACUAUAAAAAUCUAAGUCGAGGAGAAGCUGAGGACAUGCUUAUGAGGAUACCUAGAGAUGGAGCCUUUUUGGUUCGAAAGCGAGAUGAUCCCAAUUCAUAUGCCAUUACUUUCAGAGCUGAAAGUAAGGUUAAACAUUGCCGCAUUAACUAUGAAGAAGGAAAGUACAUACUGGGGACCUCAGCAGAGUUUGACAGUCUGGAGGAGCUUAUCAAUUAUCAUCGGAAACAUCCAUUGUAUCGAAAAAUGAAACUGCGCUACCCAGUCACAGAAAAGAUGCUGGAGCGUUACAAUGUGGAAAAAGACUAUGGCAGUCUGUAUGGAAUAAAUUAUGUGGACCCGAAUGAACUAGCACCUGUUCAGGGUUCAGUGAAAGCUUUGUAUCAAUACCAGAGUCAACAACAAGAUGAGUUGUCUUUCCCUAGAGGUGCCAUCAUCUACAAUGUCAAAAAACAUGAUCAAGGAUGGUGGCAGGGGGAUUACGGAGACCAAAUACAAAAGUUUUUUCCAGCCAAUUAUGUGGAAGAAAUAGUUACUGAAAGCCAGGAAGACUUUAACAACCAGAUAACAGAAGAUAACCCCCUAGGAGUAAUAUGCAGAGGAAUUGUGGAACUUGCCAAGUGUUCUGUUGUCAAACAGGCAAAUGGGAUGCAGGGAAUGGCAUACGUGUUUACUAUUCAACCAGAAGUGCCCCCGGAUGCACCAACUCUUGAUGUUGCUACGGACUCAUUGGAAGAAAUGUUUUCAUGGUACCAUGAAGUGGUACAGUGUUCUCAGAAAAAACUCGUCCAGGAGAAGAAUCGAAAUGAAAUGGAGAAAAAACAGCAGAUUGCCAAAGAGUUAUCUGACUUAGUUGUUUAUUGCAGACCAGCAAAGUCUCGAGAAUUUUUUCCAAAUGCUAAAGACAAUAUUGAUUACAAAGAAAUCAGAUCAUUUGCAGAGAACAAGGUCGAUACCAUCCUCAAACAAAGGUCAAAAGAGUUUCGGGAAUAUAACCGCAAGCAACUCUCCAGAAUCUACCCCAAAGGUCAACGCAUUGAUUCUUCAAACUAUGACCCAAUUGUACUCUGGCAACAUGGAUCCCAAAUGGCAGCCCUAAAUUUUCAAACCCCAGAUAAACCAAUGCAAUUGAAUCAGGCUUUGUUUUCUAUGAAUGGAAGAACAGGUUAUGUGCUGCAGCCAGAAUCUCUGAGGAGUGACAAUUCAAUGCAUCACCGGCCAUAUUCUGUGAAAAUAAAACUUCUUGGUGCCCGUCAUCUACCCAAACCUGGCAGGAGUAUAGUUUGUCCUUUUGUAGAAGUGGAAUUGUGUGGAGCUGAGAAUGAGAAUAAGAAGUUCAAAACAGUAGUGAUAAAUGAUAAUGGCCUUAAUCCAGUUUGGCCAGGAGCAGAAGACACUAAUGAGGAAUUUGUCAUUCAAGAUCCCUCUUUAGCUUUUCUCCGAUUUGUCGUGUAUGAAGAGGAUAUGUUCAGUGAUCCUAACUUUUUAGCUCAUGCCACUUUUCCAGUCAAAGGAAUUAAAACUGGAUAUCGAUCAGUUCCUCUUAAAAAUGGUUACAAUGAAGACAUAGAAUUGGCAUCUCUGCUUAUCCAGUGUGAAGUGAACCAAUUAGGGGAAGGUGAAGAGGAACUCUACUCCUCACGUCAACAGUUACAGCAGCGGCCACUUGAAGGGUUAUAUGACAGUGCCUUAAAAAGACAACGGACUUUAGAUGGGUUAUAUAGCACCAGUGCACCUCGUCAGCGACAAUUUGACCCAAUACUAUAUGAUACUACAAUACAAACCGCAAGGGGUGGAGGUCAGAGAGAUCAGCUGCCAGAAGUUCCAAAGAGGAGAGGCAAGGACAAGGAAAAAAGGCAUCCCAACAGCAGCAAGUUUUAUACAUGAAAGAAGAAUGCCUUUAUCACCCAUCCACGAUGCCAAUAUCAAUAAAACAAAUUAAAAUCAGUGAUCACUGUAAAGUUUGGGAUCAACCAAUUUUGAAAUUAAUACAUACAGUAAAAUUAUUGCACUGCACCUAGUUAUUACUUUUGUCAAGUAAUUAAGAUCAUGAUGUAUGGUGAAAAACAUUGAGUAUCUUCCUACUUUUCAUAAACCUCUUUUUCUCUUUUGAUUAAAUGGUCUACUGACUCCGAUGCCUCUCAAAGAAAUCUAUUCUCCAACAGUCAAUCAAUUAAAAUAUAUUACAUGCAAUGUUAAAAAAAAAGUUUGAGGGAUUCAGUGUAACUGCAAAAUCAAAUAGAGUGCAAUUCUAUUCCCUUGUGAAAUGGUCUCUGUUUCUUCAGAUCAAUGUUGAUCUUUUUGCAAAGCUAAGUUCAUAUAUCAAAUUUCACCUUUGGUAACAAUAAAUAAGAAGACAGUACACAUGACGUCAAAAUUAUUCCUGAAGCUCAUGAGAUUUAACAAAUAAAGAAAAAUGAACUGUGUUGUUUCAUUGAAAUGUGUCAAUAAUGUAGACUAACUUAACCAUGGAGUGCAUCCUAUAGCAAGUUCACAGAAAAAAACAAACACGUUUUACUUUCACCAGUUUGAAAAUGGUCACGGUCAAGAUGGAGGACUUUCAGCAUGUGAUUUUAUAUGCUGAUUGAAAAUGAAAAUUCAUAGGUAGUCUUAAUAACUGAUGCCAGACUAUGACGCAGAGAAAUGACAAUUCUGCAACUACUAAAACCAUGCUUUUAUUCAGUAACAUGUUUUCUAACCUUUAACACCAGGCAUGGUUCAAUUGGAAAGCCAGGCAGAAUUAUUUUGAUCACAGUAAAGAGGAAAGCAGUAUAUUUCAACAACAUUGCAACAUACCACUCAGAACAUGCAUCGUUUCAUUAAUGUAAGAAACAGACAGCACGUUCUGUAAGAUAUAAAUUAUCUUCAUGAUUAUGCUUAGGAUCUCAAUUAUUGCAAAAUAAUACAUUAAAUACCUUAGUGAUUAGUUUUUUAAAACAGAUAUAGCCAUAGAAUUAAGGUGGAAAGUUAAAGUGUUAUACAUCAGUUUUAUUGGAAGUUUCAAUAUUUCUGGUAAAUAGAGUCCAGAAAGCCAAAUGCUUUUGUAUUUACAGCCUGCAUAUACAUAUUAUUCUGUUGCUCAUGAGGUUUAUCCCCUUUGUAAUUUUCAAUUUGUGUUACUCAAUUUAUUCUGCCAUUCAAAACUCUAAUUCUCCCAUGCCAGCAACAUUAGUCUAAAUACAUUUCAUAUUGUCUGUGCAUUAAAAUUGUGCAGUUGAUCCCUGAUGGAAUGAAGCAUAUUGAAUGUUCACAAUCAAGAGUUUUGAUUAAUUUAUUUAACUUCAAAACAUUAAACAGAUACAGUCCUUCCUUUGGCUAAUGCUAAAAUAAUCUGUUAAUUUAAUAUGGUCUGACUGCAGCUUGUGAUGUAUUUUCUGAUAAUUAUUAUAAUAAAUUUCUAUAAAAAGCCUUAUUAUUAUUAACUAGAAGCCCGUUUGGAAUUAGUCCUGCCAUCUUGGAAUUGAAUAUAUGGAAAAGAAAGAAAAAAGUAAAUUGCAAUGCUGGUUUUACAUUACUUUUUCUUCUGCAAGGCACACUGGUUUGUCUCCUUCUACAAGCCUUUGUGACAGAUCCAAACACAUCAGGCUGAUUUGUGAUAUUUCCUUUGCACGGACCAUUGGGUUUGUGCACUCUGUAACUAGUAUUUGUGCUAGGGCAGUAAGGGAAAUUUGCAGUGCACAUUUUUGAAAAAACUAUAUUUUAUAUCUUCAAUGGGACCUUCAGCAAUAAAAAGAGAAAUUAUUUUCUGAAUAAAAACAAGAACAAAUCACAGUUGGGAAUGAAUUGCUACAGUGUCUAUUUGUGGUAUCGUCAUUUAACAUCAAUUUUAAAAUCAUUAAAAUCAACUUACACAUGGAAAUUUUUUUCCAUGAUAUAUAUUUGUGGCAUUACUUUCAGUAUAACCAAAAUGCUUUUAAGUUAUUUGCCCUAUGUAUAUUUUACUGUGUAAUUUUGGGAAUCUACUUUCUGUCCACUUGACAUCCAAAUUGUUGUAAUGAAAUCCUAUCAAAGUAUUGGAAGAUAUCAUAUGUGUGUAAAAUUCAUAGAUGUUUAGAAUCCAUGUUAGCUUGUUACUGCCAUUUGUUUUCAUGUUAGAAUCAAAAUUAUCAAAAAUGUGGCAUUUAAAGGGUGAUGGUUUGAGAUAUGUAGAGCGAAAUUCUAUUGCCUUUCAAUACUGACAUAAAGUGUGCCAAGUUGAUAUGUGAGUCAGAUUGUUGUUUUAUAGUUCUAAGCUGAAGUUUAUGUUUGGAAUGCAAAGCCUCGCAUGCCUUUUCCUGUGUCGGAAGCCUACAAUUUUACUUCUUAGAAAUGCAGAAGUUAACGUUAAACAUAAAACAGACAAUGCAAUGUAUAUUUUCCUUGAACGUUGUUUUAAAUGCAUUUGGUAAAAAAUGUCAUUGUUUAAUGUCAUUAUUUUUAACUUUUCUGUUGAAUUCUAAGGUAAUGCUUAUUCUAGCAUUAAUGCUUAUUCUUAGAACUAAGAAUCAGACCCUAUUUACUGAUUUUGAUUUUAGUAAUAGGAAUGAAUAAUAAUUGAUUGAUUUUCCCCUUUUUGGUCUGAAUUUUCAAAAUGUGUGUUUUCACCAUUUUCUCUGAAAUUGAUGUAAGAAAUGUUGGAUUUAUUUUCCUCAGUUUCAAGUUCCUGAUCUAUUGAAAUAUUUUUGUCAACUAUUAUUCAAGUUAGUUAGUUAGGAAAUGGCUCGCAUUAUGCAAAGUGCACUCAGGGAGACAAAGCUAUUUAAUUGAUUAACCAACUUGCACUGUACAUAGGUGAGAUAUUAUCCUGUUGCACAUAUGAGCCAUUUUACAAAUUCUGGUGUAUGACAAAAGAAAACUGCAAUUCUGGAAACCUGAAAGGAAACUACAAAUGCUGGAAACACACAGUAGGCCAGUCAGUACAAAAUGAAGGAUACAUGUCACGCAUUGCACAACUUAUCUUUUUUCUUAAUAAAUAUCAUUCUCGAGUAUAUUUCUACUAUUUUCUAUAUUUCAAUCCAAAUGCAAUGGUUUCCAGUAUUGUCCAGUUUUUAUUGGAAAUCCAUUAAAAUGUUGUAAUUUAAGAAUGCAGUUGAGACAUUUAUACUGCCAGCGAAGAGCAUUUGAUUCUAUGAAGAAACCUCGGGAUGCAAAUUACAGGCACUCAAUAUUUAAAACAGAAUGCCUUUGAACUAUUCAGAGGAAAUUGUCAAAUAGUUGUAUUUAUAUUCUUCACAUUGUACUUUUUGAAUAUUAUCUGUUGUCUCUUGUAACUUCAAUUAAUGUAUUUUCUUUUUAUGGUGUUUUAAUAGUUAAAUUUAAAGUAGACAUUCUGCCACAAUAUUCAUGAAUCCUUACAGAAUGAGGACUGGGUCAAUGGACAGAUGACAUUUUUUAACAAGUAAUAAAUUUGAUUGACUAAUUCUGCAUUAGUGAACUGUAUUCUGUUUUAAUUUUGUCAGUGUAGUUGAUGUUCUAACGCUGGAUAAUGUAUUUGAAUAUUAUGGGAAUAGUUGAACAAUGUUAAAGUGGUUCUGAAACUCAUUCUCAAUGGGAGACACAAGUCCUAAGUAUAAUUAUUGCUGGGUAUAAUUAUUCAGUGGGUCUAAUUCACAGCAGUGAAUGGUAAGUUAGGUAGUUUUUAAGUUAUCUUAAAAAAUGAAAUGAGUUCAAUUUAAAGGAAACUUAACAGUUCUGAACAUUUUAUGAAUUUUGCAUUUUAUUGUUAAUUAUUUAACAAGCAAAUAAAGAUAUACUCAUGUAUUCAUGUCUCUGAUUAAAAAUACAUUUAUGACUA